GUUCUUGGCGCUGCUACUUUUCUGGUGUCUGAUCGCCCGGCCCGGGCGGCUGGGUUGAGGAUGCCUAAGGCGGACUGGGUCGCUUCAAGUUGGGCCUCUCACUCUGGCGAACACUUGCCGCCGACUCCCCUGGUGGAGAUCCCCGCCCGCGCCAGUCUGGAACGCGCGCGAGCGUGACGGCAAGGCCUCCGGCCUGGCCUCAAGUUCCCCUGCAUACUGAACACGGGCGAAGGCGCAGCGUGUUGAUGCGUGCCUUUCUAAGUGUACACACACUCCCGCAACUCCGCCAAAGUCUUUAUCUUAUGCAACGGAAUCAAGGCUGAGCCCUUGCAUCUAUACAAACAAGCAAGUACGACUUAUAGUUCCAGUUUUUUUCGAAUAAUUCCAAACUACAAAGUAGAAGGAUUUGUAAGAUCAAAAGGCUCUAGUAGUUCAACAUCUUUCGUUUAUUCUAAAUUUGACUUUAUUUGUUACGUGUAGACAGUGACAGAGGCCCCUCGUCGCGGAGGUAUUUGUAUAAUUAGUGGUAAGAAGUUCAAUCAUCUCGUUUCAUUGUGGACAAAUUACCUAGUCUAAAGGUAUUAAAGUUAAACACGUGUGUCAGUGCAUCAAAGAAAAUGAGAGUUUUCUUCAUAAUCUAAGUCUAUAUCUUCAAAAAUCAAAGGCAUGUUAACUGUUCUUCCGUUCCACCACUAGUUUCAUCUAUUUGCAAGAGGCUUGUCAAUCUAGUAGCGUUCUUGAUCAUGUUCAUGUUUAUGUAUACCAAGUCGUUGCAGUUCGUUGUAGAGCUAUAAUCACUGUCAAGCAAAAGCACUUAUUCUUAUUCAUCAUUUUAAAUUUGUGACAAGAAAUUCAGUCCGAGUUGACCCCUACUUUUAGACAUUCCAAAACAAGACUAACUCUCAGACCCAUUAAGGAUAUCUAUCUUAUCUCGAGCUAUUAAGUAACUCUAACUGUUACGAAUCUCGAUCUCCUCCACAGUUGUCCUUUUUAUCCUUACAACAACCCGAGAAAAUGGAUCAAUCUUCUCCAGCUAAGCGUCGUAGCGGUUUGGCCUGUUGUGCGGGUGGUCCGCCUGGCGCUGCAGAACUUGGCGAUGCAGCUGCGCCUCAAGAAAAGAAAAGCGCAUCCAUUGCUAGCGACAGCGUCAAUCCUUUCGCUGGAAAAUGCAAGCGAACCCUGGAAAACGGAAAGGCUUAUUUUAUGGCAGAAUGAGAAUGAAAAAGUAAAUGAUCUUGAUCAUGGUCAUGAUCAUGAAAAGAAGUAAAGCAGAAAUAUAGUAAUGGAGAUUCUUUUGUAGUCAGAUGCAAGCAGAGGCUAUUUUGUAGCGUAGUCAUGUGCCAGAGCAGUUCACGUGUGCUAGUCGCGGUCAUGUGCUCAUGUUUUUACUAGAAUAGGCUUUUUCGAAAUUAUGCCCAGAAAAUUGACGUUUGGUGGUGAGGCUUCUAGUUCUAGACACGACGACCACCUAAAAACACUACUGAAGAACUUCCGUAUCCCCACUCCAAUCUUAACUCGAUGCCCGCAUUGAAUGACGAACGAGUGGCGCGCUUACCGUACUCGAUCCGUAUACUUCUCGAGUCGGCUCUUCGCAACUGCGACGAGUUUGCAGUGAAGCAGGGUGAUGUGGAAAAUAUUUUGGAUUGGGAAAACACAUCCAAAAAUGCGCAAGAAAUACCUUUCAAACCCGCGCGAGUCCUCUUGCAGGAUUUCACUGGUGUCCCAGCCGUCGUGGACUUUGCUGCCAUGCGUGACGCGAUGGCGCGUCUUGGAGGUGACCCAGGCAAAAUCAACCCGCUAGUGCCGGCCGAUUUGGUAACCCUAACCUUAUCUCCUAAACAAAGUACAAUUAGUGCACCAGAUGAACCAGAACCACUCACAUUGAAUCCAACUCGUCGAAACCAAACCAAGAACAUCAAUUUGUAACCUAGAAACAAUUAAUUUUAGUAUGAGGACUAGUACGUCAACCUCUACUACUCGUCACAGGUAAUCGAUCACUCAGUUCAAGUUGACGUGAGCCGAGACGCGACAGCACUUGAGAAGAAUCAGGAAAUCGAGUUUAUAAGGAACAAGGAACGAUUUGCAUUCCUCAAAUGGGGUACUUAACAAUUACAAUGAUGCAUAGAUUCAAAUUUGAUUUGCAUUUCUGCAAAGUUUGUUGUAAGUACCUGUAUGUUGGGGUGCCAACAAAGUUUAAUCAAGUAAACACUUAAGUAGUUACUAAAAGUUAAGAUGCUCUAGACAGUGUAGUUGCGUUGGAUCGCGGAGAUCAGGUGCUGCCGGAGCGUGUAAGUACGUCAUUCUAACGUCUAACUAAUGGUUUGCGUUCUCUACCCAGCGUUGAGAGCUAGGAAUUACGUAAACUUAUGAACAAACGGACGCGCUUGUGGAGGAGGUCAGAAUUUAGGGAAAGUUAGGGGAUAUUAUGGUUCCCUAAUUUUCCCUAAAAUUCGUAUGUGGGUUUAAGCGUGUCCGUUUGUUUCUAAUAAACUUAAGUAGGUUUUUACAUGAAUAACUCAACAUGUUUUUAAUCUUCCAUGCACAGGUGCCCAGGCCUUCCAGAACAUGACGAUUGUGCCUCCGGGAAGUGGCAUUGUGCAUCAGGUUAACCUCGAGUAUCUGGCUCGCGUGGUCUUUGAUGACUGCGACACGUUGUAUCCGGAUUCGCUUGUAGGUACCGAUUCGCAUACCACCAUGAUUGACGGCUUAGGCAUUGCUGGUUGGGGCGUCGGAGGGAUUGAGGCUGAGGCGGUGAUGCUUGGCCAGGCUAUCAGCAUGGUUUUGCCCGAGGUCGUCGGUUUCAAAUUCACCGGAGAAUUAAAGAGCACCGUCGUCGCCACGGAUUUGGUGAUCACAUGCGUUGCCAUGCUCCGCAAACAGGGGGUCGUCGGGAAAUUUGUGGAAUUCUUCGGCCCAGGCUGUGCCUCUCUCACGUUGGCGGACCGCGCGACCAUCGCAAACAUGGCCCCGGAGUACGGCGCGACUAUGGGCUUCUUCCCGGUUGACGACCAGAGUCUGGUGUACCUGCGACAGACAGGGCGUAGCGAAGAGAAGAUCCAAAUGAUCGAACAGUUAAGGCUUUUACUGCUAAUUCCUCACCUCUCCUCUAAGGAGAUCAUGAUCCCUCACUAGCAGCUGGCAUAUACAGACUCGAGCAUUAUGCAUAGGUUAGUGUAGUGCAGGAGAUAAAAAUAGGUGGCACAGGAAGAGGGAUAUUAAUAUGGCACAGUGAUGGAUUUGGGAUAGCUCUAAAACAGUACCUCAGAGCCCAAGGCAUGUUCCGAACCUACGGCCCAGAAGAGGUAAUAAAAUAUGAACAUUGAGAUUCACUAAACUACUGGAGGUGGUCUAUCAUAGAUGACGUCGCGAUGGUCACUGUGUGAUGUAGAUGUAGUAUCAUGGACGAUUAUUUUUAGAGUGAGUCUUAGCUUAACCAUGAUAAAUACUGCCACUUCUUAAAUAUUCUGUAAUCGGGACUGUUUCGUCUCAUGAAUGUGAAACUUUUUUGACUAUCUAAGGUUUACCUGCAUAUUCUGUUUAUUCUUCAGUGUCAGUUACAGUUAACCGGUAAAUUUGCGCUCCAAUAGGAGGCACUUAUUUACUGGGUGACCUCAUAGGUAGACAUGCACAGCUACAAGCGAGGUUCCAUGACAUGACAUGACAACUCAACAGGAUUCGAUUGUUUACACGACCGUUAUGGAGCUGGAUCUUUCUACGGUGGUUCCGUGUCUCUCGGGUCCGAAGCGUCCUCACGACCGCGUUGCUUUGACUGAUAUGCCGUCCGAUUUCUCGAAGUGCCUCACCAAUGCCGUCGGUUUCAAGGGAUUUGGCUUGAAGGAGGAUGUGCUCGGAGACACGGCGAGUUUUUCGUACGAGAACAAGCCAGACGAGCAAUUCACAAUCGGACACGGAAGCGUAGUUCUGUGCGCCAUCACCUCGUGCACGAACACCAGCAACCCGGGAGUCAUGCUUGGAGCGGCUUUGCUAGCGAAAGCGGCUUUCGAGAAGGGACUAAGAGUCAACCGCUACAUCAAAACAAGCCUAUCGCCAGGAUCGGGAGUUGUGGACUCGUACCAUUACUACCCUCAAAUUUGAGAAGAAGAAUUUUACAGUCUUCUUCUUCUUCAGCACUUUAUAAAAUAUAUAUGUCCUUAUCGUCUUUGUUGUGGGCGGAGACUCAGUCUUUUCGAAGUAAGUACAGGUUUCUUGGUUACUGUUAUUCCAGAUCACAAUUAAUGAUGUCAAAUCAUGAAAACAUCUCGACAUCACGAAGGCUACAAAACCAAAAGACAAAAAAACGAACCCCACCAGGUAUCUGAAGGAUGCCGGUUUGCUCCCCUAUUUCGAGCAACUAGGAUUUUACACUACUGGUUUCGGCUGCCAAUCUUGCAUUGGAAACUCAGGCGAGCUCGACGAGGAACUCACUGCUGCUAUCACUUCAAAGGACCUCGUUGUGGGUGCUGUUCUUAGCGGAAACCGCAACUUCGAGGGUCGAGUGCACCCGCUCACGCGUGCGAACUACCUGGCCAGUCCGCCUCUGGUGGUGGCCUACGCACUGGCCGGUCGAUUAGACAUCGACUUUGAAAAGGAGCCGAUCGGAAAAGACGCAGAGGGCAAGGAGGUCUUCCUCUCCGAAAUCUGGCCUGCACGAAAACUAGUGGAAGACACUGAGAAAAAAUGCGUGCAACCAGAGAUGUUCAAGGAAGUCUAUGCACGUAUCCAAUAAAUUGAUCUUUGAGUCUGUUCUUGCUGAAGACCUGUCUCACUGCACUUCUACUUAGUUUGACUCCAGUUGUGGUGCAAGAAAGAAAUCUGUAUUAACAGAAGUAAAAAAGAUGAAUUUGAAAACCUCUCUAGGUAUGGAACGUGGUACAGACCGGUGGAACUCGUUGGAUGUUGCAACUGGUUCGCAAUUCCAGUGGGACGAGAGCAGCACCUACAUUCACAAUCCGCCCUUCUUCCAGAAGACAGAAAGUUAAGAUGUCGAAAAGUUUUCGGGUGUUAGUGUUUACAUAUCUGUCAACCAAAAAUGACAUGAUCACGGACAAGUUACUGUACUGGUAGAUGAUAACAAAGUAGAAGUACAACCUUGUUUUGACGAGCAACAGCCCCGUCCUGUUCCUCGGUCAGCAGAGGUAGUACCUCAACACCUCUAAGAAAGGAAGCCUACUGCAGUUACGAAAUUGGAGAAGGCGUAUUGUCUGCUGAAUUGCGGCGAUUCUAUCACUACGGACCACAUCUCACCUGCAGGCAAGAUCACGAAGAACAGCCCUGGUGGUCGCUACUUGAUGGCGCGUGGAGUCGAUCCCACUGAUUUCAAUAGCUACGGUUCGAGACGCGGGAACGAUGAAGUCAUGUUAUGACUGUUGGCUUGACUACACGAAGUCUCCUUUUCCUCGAUGAAACGGAUUAGCUCACUGCGUAUUUGCAAACUCUAACCUCGUCUCCGCCUCGUUCUCACUUUUAUAUAUAAUCGUCUUUACUUCUAGAAUCUCAGGUCUUGACAGGACUGGAAUGUUGUUUUUUACGAGUCCACGUCGAUGUGCUACUCAAUCUUUUUCUCUAAUCUUCGCUCGAGGAACCUUUGCGAAUAUUCGCUUGAUCAAUAAGCUAGCAGGUAAGACGGGCCCGCAAACUCUGCACGUCCCGAGCAAUGAAAUUUUAGACGUCUAUGAUGCCGCGGAAAGAUACAUGGAGGCAGGCAAUGGGACGAUCAUCAUGGCUGGCCAAGAAUACGGAUCCGGAAGCUCCAGAGACUGGGCAGCAAAAGUUAUGAAAUGAUGUCUAUCUUCCUUCUUUUUCUAGUAUUGAUUUUGAUAUUCUGUCAACGUCUUCAAUGCGUUACUGUGUUUGGUUCUAGAAGGAAAAUCCUUCCAUGCAUGCCGCUUUUAUUAGACGAAGUAUAUAACAAAUGAAUCGUGCAAGAAUGGUUAGACCACCGAGAAUUCCUCUAAGAAGCGACCUUUUUUGCAGGGUGUGAAAGCCGUGAUAGCUCAAUCCUACGAACGCAUCCACCGAAGCAACCUAGUUGGAAUGGGUAUGCAGUUUAGAAGGAAGAUACCGACAUCAACAAAGGACUAGUAAAAGGCCCACUCUUUCUUUGUAAUCUCGAAACCUGUGCCGUUCCGGAUCCGGCUUAAUAAGACUAGUACUCUCAUCGCAUCGUACUACUGGUGCUCCUAAUGCCAACUAUGGGAUGUUUCACUUCCUUCAAUACUUCGUUCAGGUAUUCUGCCCUUGGAAUUUAAGAAUGGUGAAAAUGCCGACUCCCUGGGUCUCACAGGCACGGAGCAGUUUACCAUUGACUUGCCAGCAGCCUUGGAAUCGACAAACAAGGACAUCGAAGUCGUCUGUGAUAUUAUGUCAUUGAUGCUCAUGCUUCCACUUUCUUUUUCCAUCUUCCAUCUCGAUCUCAUCAAUGUCGUCUGACGUCUCAGUUUUCCUAUGGCUAAGGUAAAAAAAGAAACAGAACAAAAAAGAGACAGAGGACCGAGAUGAACAAUUAGGAGAUGUUGAUGUGGGUUGAAGUAGGCGGAAGUGAAGAAUUACUUUACUCUAAGAAACCCACCGGAACGAGUUUCGUGGUACGAAGCCGUCUCGAUACUGAUCCAGAGCUGAAGUACUUCGAGAAUGGAGGCAUCCUCAACUACGUCCUGCGUAAGAUUCUUUGA